CUCGGGCAACUGCGCGCGACAAUAGCCCACCUCUCACCACUACCGUUGCCGUAGUUACCUGUGUACCCGCCAGAACGGGUAUGCGCACGAGCGACCAUUGGGCAGGAAGGAAGAAGGAUCGAAGGGGGAGAGAGGCAAGGAAGGGAGGAAAGGAAGGAGGGAGCGGAAUUAGUCAGCGAUAGAGGGGAGGAGAGGAGGCGAGGCGGCGGGUUGUUAUGCCGAGGUGGACGUGGCGGGUCCGGCGGAGUUAGCUACAAGUGACCGAGGCGGACAGCAAUGCACCGGACCACCCGCAGGCUGGUGCCAGUCCGGUGUGGGUGGUGACCACAGCAGUGAGGAGACACUCUGAGGAACACGCCCCCCACCGCCACUCAGGACGGGUACAUUUCUACAGGGGAGGGAGGAAGGACCAGGGCGGAGAAGGUUUUGGUCCCAAGCGCUACCCGAGGUGUUGUACCGCAGAUAGGUGAGGAGGAUCAGCCCCGCCCCUCACCAUGACGGACUUGGAGGCCGAUUGUUUGAGCCUCGGCCUGCCCCCUGAGUGCAGCUCCCCUCCCCCUUCCCUAGACGUCCCGGAGGUGGCCGAGCCUCUGGUGAUGCUGCCGUGCGUGAAGAGUGAGCCGGAGGACGGAGACCUGGAGCCCAUCUGCACCGUGGACCUGUCGGAGAUCCAGCCGCUGUCCACCGCCGAGCUGGGCCACGAGCAGAUCAAGAUGGAGAUCAGCGGCCUCGACUACAUCAAGUCGGAGCACCACGGCCAUCACGGGGACCAGCACCUGGGCCAAUUCACCCACAGCGAUGCCACGGAGCUGGACUACAAGUCCCACUACGAGCCCAGCUCCGUGUUUGACUACAUCUCCCAGGUGACGGACACGCUGGAGUACAUAAAGUCGGACCACCACGUGGACCUGCAGUGUUACUACACCACUGAGCUGAGCGGCCUGAAGUGUGAGUACCCCGACAACAUGUCCGGCCACCUGCCGCACAACGGCCUGGAGUCCAUCCACAUGGCCGAGCUGCGCACCGAGCUCAACAAGCUGCGGCCCGACGCGCUGCUCUUGGAAGGCAUGAAGCUCGAACCCGAGUUCGGAGGGGGGGGCGCUGUACGAGCUGCAGCCGUCAGAUGGGGAAGUCAGCGGGGGGAGGUGGCGGGGCAGGGAAGGUCGACCAAAACCCAGAACGCCACGUUGAGAAAAAAUCGCAACAUGCAGGGGGAGAAGCCCUUCUCCUGCACGCAGUGCGGGAAAAACUUCAGCACGCUGGGCAACCUGAAAACUCACCAGCGCAUCCACACCGGGGAGCGGCCUUACACCUGCUCGCAGUGCGGCAAGAGCUUCGGUCAGGCGGGGAACCUGAAGCGCCACCAGCUGAUCCACACGGGGCAGAAGCCCUACGUGUGCGCGCACUGCCCCAAAGGCUUCACCAAGGCCGACGACCUGCGCUCGCACCAGCGGCUGCACACAGGCGAGCGGCCGUUCAUCUGCGUCACCUGCGGGAAGAGCUUCGGCCAGUCCAAGGAGCUGAAGGCACACCAGCUGAGCCACACAGGAGAGCGGCCGUACUGCUGCCAGCACUGCGGCAAGAGCUUCACCAAGGAGUCCAGCUACCGCAACCAUGUGCAGAUCCACACGGGCGAGAAGCCCUACACCUGCUCACAGUGCGGCAAGACUUUCAGCAACUCGGGCGUACUAAAAACCCACGAAAAGAUCCACUCGGGCGAGCGGCCUUUCGGCUGCACGCAGUGCGGGAAGAGCUUUGGCCGCCUUGGACACCUGAAGGCUCACCAGCAGAUCCACACGGGGGAGCGGCCGUACGCCUGCCCCCACUGUGGGAAGACUUUCAGCCAGUCGGGCCACCUCAAAGCUCACGAGCAGAUCCACAAGCGGGAUCGUGCCGACACGGCCAACGGCGGCAGCAUCGGCGGCAGCAUCAGCAGCAGCAGCAGCAGCAGCAGCAGCAGCAGCAGCAGCAGCAGCAGUGGCAGUGGGGGGGGCAGCGACAGCAGCUAAACUCCACACCCUUUAACCUCUCGGAGAAACAAAGUAUUAUUCCUCUUUUUUUAUAAAUACUAUAUAUAAAGUUUUUUCCUUAUGAAUCUUUUCUUACAUUUUCAUACCUUUUGCAUUAUAUCUGUGGGCAGGGUGCUCUGACUGAUUUGCUCUUAUGCAAGUGUCUGCGUGUGUGUUCAUGUACUGUGUGUUUGUGAGGGGGGGGGGGGUGGGGCGGGGCUGUAGAUAAUCUUUAAACUGAAGUCCCACUACUUAUUCUGAUACAAGCACAAAUACUUCAGUGACCAAUCUUGAGUACUUAAUUUAGUUUUUUACUGAAAGAGACCAGCAGCUGAACCAGGACGCUGUUUACUCAUCCUCAAUACUAUCAUUAUUAGUAGUAGUAUUAUUAAUAUUAGUAUUAAUAUUAGUAUUAUAUUUCACCAGCGCUCAGGUGUUUCCUUACGCAGUACUUCACAGUGAGUACUUGUACAUGAUAAUGUGUAACAGAAUACAGAAAUGUUUUUUACUUUUAUAGCCUCAUUUCAAAUGUUUCUUAUCUGGAUUAAAUCCAGAGGCAAUUUACUUCACUACUGUUUGCACACAAACGAUGAUGGAGAGAGGUGAUGUUACAUUUAAAAAAAAAAUAAUAACUCAGAGAUUAAAGUGGUACAUAUA